UGAGUAUGGGGUGGCUUAUAUAUAUAUAUACCUGAAAUUUUGUAUUACUCAGCAAUAAACCGAAUGGAACAAGAAGAUUCCAUAAUUUUUGAUUCCAGGUUAACAGAAGGGGGAAAAUGACAACAACGAAAAAGUCAUUGAACUUGUGUAUUGUGUACCAGUGCUGCAAAGAGAAAUUCAUGAAGAAAAACAAAAGAGAAAUCUGAAGAAACUUGCCCUUUCAGCUAGAGAGUUUCAGCGUGGUCUCGUCCGACAGGUUCUCCGUUGUCAGCCUUUUCAUCAAACGUUUCCACAUCGGCUUCAGGGGCUUUAAUGAUGUUCAAAAUCUCGAUCCACGAGUGGAGGAAAACAUGCCAUUCCUUCAAUAUCUCGGGCAACGCUCCGUGGCAGACGCAGUUACGGCCUUUAUGGGCAGUCUCCAGAUGUUAUAUUGGUAGCCAUCAAUAACGGAAUUACGGGGAUGCAAUCCUUUGGAUGCGAGAAACUCACGCAGGGCUGGAGCCAGAUACUCAGUUAGACAAGCAAAUAAUUCGAUAGCAAAGUGGGUUGCUUUUGCUUCUUCAGCCUCCGACAUCAAGACAAACCUCGGAGCUACAGUCAACAACAGCAGUGAUUAGAAAUCAGUUGCAGUCCAUCCUCCUCAACUGAAAAUCGGUGAAUAAUGCAUCGUGUUCCAAUACAUCAAAAGAAGUGCUUAUUUGGCUUCAAAUGGCUGUUAAUCACGCUAAUCGUCACCUCAAUGAUUGGGCCAAGUGCAGAGUCAUCCGUCAAGAAAAUGCUGGACGCAGAUAGUAAUCGGCCGCUGAUGUACAGCAUGUUGCUUAAAUAUCCCAUGUUGAGUACGGAAGCCGGAUUAAGCCAAACGAAUAGACAUCCCAUUCCGGUGCUAGGAUUACCGGCUAAAUUCCGUGCCCGGCCGACAAUGUGCCGUGGAAAAAGGCUCGAUUCCAUGGGAUCAUUCAGUCCCGAAAAUUAUAUCACGGCCGACCAGUGCAUGAUGAUGGGCGGAGAUUGCUGCAACUUAAGCCCAGCAUGGGGUCAUGCCAGCAACGAUCCGAGUUACAUGAAACCGUUGGAUAGAUGCCACGGUUGCUAUGACACCAGCUUCACAGUUCAAUGUACGGGAAAUGUCUUGCGAACUCGAGAAAAAUACGACGAAGAAGACGAUAACGUGAUAAGCCCAAAUCAAGUAACGGCAUCGACGUGCAUCGGGCUGGGUGGCCAAUGCUGCGAUCCACGCUCCGCCCUUGAAUUGUUCGGUGGUGGCCUUGGGGUCUUUGAUCCGCGACGGUACCCUCGGGAAGAACACUGCGCCAAUUGUUUCUCCGGUUCAGCGUACCGGCUGGAAUGCACCGGAAAUUUGUUGCAAUCCGAAUCGUACACGGCUGACGUUUGCAGACAAUUUGGCGGCCAAUGUUGCCAAGAUAUUUAUGGCGCCUUCGAUCCAGCACAUUAUCCCAACAGGGAUUGUUCCAUCUGCUUUUCCGACUCUAUGCAGCCUCAGUAAUCCAAUUGGAUUU